CUCCUAUUUCCAAACUCCUCGGCCAAACACGCUCUACAAGAAAAGCUCUCAACUUUGACUUGGUGGUCAGUUACUCUCUUCUUUUUCGUCGUCUUUAACGGUCUCCUUCUCUCUCUCUCUAUCGUGUGAUGUACGAUCGACUUCCGAUAUCCGGGUUGUUUCCGCCUUCCUUCAUGCUCAAUACUUCCCGCGAAUUUGAUUUCUGAGGUUUGCUAUGUAGUUAUUUCUUCACAGACUUCAAUUCAUUCUCUGCAAUUCUCGAGGUUUUCUUCUUUUUCGUUAUGGAGAAAGCGAACGGGCCUAGAAAUGCCGAUUGUUUCAGUCGGCUCAUACACGGCCCUACCAACCCCAUGGUUACUCCUUUGCUAACCGAUCUUUAUCAGUUCACCAUGGCUUAUGCUUAUUGGAAAGCCGGCAAGCAUAACGAGCGAGCUGUGUUUGAUUUAUAUUUUCGGAAGAAUCCUUUUGGUGGUGAAUAUACAAUUUUUGCUGGUUUAGAAGAGUGCAUAAGGCUUAUAGCUAAUUUCAAAUUCACAGAGGAAGAAAUCUCUUUUAUCAAGAAGUCUUUACCUUCAUCCUGUGAGGACGCGUUCUACAAUUAUCUUAGAGGAAUCGACUGUUCUGAUGUUGAAGUCUAUGCUAUUUCAGAGGGGUCAGUUGUUUUCCCAAAGGUGCCUCUAGUGAGGGUUGAAGGGCCAGUUGCUGUAGUUCAAUUACUUGAAACUCCAUUUGUAAAUCUUAUUAAUUAUGCAUCGUUAGUUGCUACAAAUGCUGCAAGACAUCGUUUUGUUGCUGGAAAAUCUAAAAUUCUUCUCGAGUUUGGACUUCGACGAGCUCAGGGACCAGAUGGUGGAAUUAGCGCCUCAAAGUACUGCUAUAUUGGAGGAUUUGAUGCAACAAGCAAUGUUGCAGCUGGGAGGAUAUUUGGCAUACCACUUCGUGGGACACAUUCACAUGCAUUUGUUAGCUCAUUUAUGAGCCCAGAUGAGAUCAUAGAUAAGUCACUUCGUAGCAGUGAUGGUUCACGUACCUGUGAAGAUUUUCUUAGUGCAGUUCAAAUGUGGUUAAACAAGAUUCAGUGGUUGCCUUCGUUACAUGGCACUUUUGGUGAGACCAACCAAAGUGAGUUGGCUGCAUUCACUUCUUAUGCUUUGGCAUUUCCAACUGACUUCCUUGCUCUUGUGGAUACUUAUGAUGUUAUACGGAGUGGAGUCCCAAACUUCUGUGCAGUUGCUCUGGCACUUAGUGAUUUGGGGUACCAAGCUAAAGGGAUUAGGUUGGACUCUGGUGAUCUAGCAUAUUUGUCAUGUGAGGCACGUAAAUUUUUUGUGGCUAUUGAAAAGGAGUUUGGGGUGCCUGGAUUUGGAAAAAUAAAUAUUUCUGCUAGUAAUGAUCUCAAUGAGGAAACUUUAGAUGCUUUAAACAAGCAGGGUCAUGAGGUUGAUGCAUUUGGAAUUGGAACCUAUUUGGUUACAUGUUAUGCUCAGGCUGCUUUAGGAUGUGUCUUCAAGCUAGUUGAAAUAAAUAACCAGCCCCGCAUUAAACUCUCUGAAGAUGUUUCAAAGGUCUCAAUUCCAUGCAAAAAGCGUAGUUUUAGAUUAUAUGGGAAGGAAGGCUAUCCUCUAGUAGACAUAAUGUCAGGAGAGAAUGAACCGCCUCCUAAGGUGGGUGAAAGAAUUCUAUGUCGUCACCCAUUUAACGAAUCAAAAAGAGCAUACGUCGUGCCACAGCAAGUAGAGGAGCUCCUCAAGUGCUAUUGGACUGGAAAAUCAGGUAAAGCAGCAGAAUGUUUACCAGCUCUGAAGGACAUAAGGGAUCGAUGCAUUAAACAACUCGAGAAAAUGCGUCCCGAUCACAUGAGAAGACUUAAUCCGACGCCUUACAAAGUUAGCGUGAGUGCGAAACUAUACGACUUCAUUCACUUCUUGUGGCUAAAUGAAGCACCUGUGGGGGAGUUGCAGUGAUUGGAUUCUCUAGAGGCCAAAGUGAGAUUUGGUGUUCUUAUAGUAGAUUAGUAGCACAGAUAAAAACAGCCACCUACUAGCUCUUGAAGAAUUGCUUAUUAGUUCUUACUCUCGGUAAAACAUGACAAUGGCUUGCCUUUAUUAUGGAGUUUCAAUAAAACAUGACUGAACUUUUCACGUUCACUGUCGAUUUGUUGAAUGAGAAUCCUUGUCCUAAUUUUGAUGGAGUUUCAAUUUGCUUUU